UCUACCUCGAUCUCUCGAUCUCCGGAGGCGUCAUCACAUCCCUCUCUCUCGGAAGAAACCCCAACCCAAACUUUUCCCUAUCCUUCGAUCGCAGACUCGCUUAGCGACCUAGAGACUGAGGGGGGAAAGCGGUGCCUCCGCCGUAGCCGGUGGAUAUAUUUCCUCUUGGAGCUUUUCGCGGAGGCAGCUCUACUGAUCUGGGAGCUCGGUGGGAUUCGCUGGAUGCGAUCCGGGAUCGGCAGGUUGAACGAACGAGAUGGAGGCGUCCCUGCAGGUCUUGGCGUUUUGGGCGGUGAUCUUGGUUUGGUCCUUCGCAUCCGCUUCUUCUUCUGGCCCGGAGGAUUUCCGCCGAGCGUUUCCUAUUGUGGAGCCAGAUUCGGAACAUACUAAACUGCGUCUUGCAAGAGAGGGUUUGGAGGCAAUUCAAAGAAUUACUACCCCUAUUGCUGCUGUCGCAGUUAUUGGUCCAUAUCGCUCAGGAAAAUCCUUUCUUCUCAACCAACUUCUCUCCCUUUCUUGUGAUGAAGGUUUCGGGGUUGGACAUAUGCGUGAUACCAAAACCAAAGGCAUUUGGGUUUGGGGAACACCAGUGGAAUUGGAUAUUGAUGGAACAAAAGUAUCUGUAUUGUACCUAGAUACAGAAGGAUUUGAAAGUGUUGGCAAAUCAAAUGUAUAUGAUGACAGGAUCUUUGCGCUGGCUACUGUAAUGAGCUCUGUUCUCAUUUAUAAUCUUCCUGAGACGAUUCGCGAGGCUGAUAUAUCUCGGCUCUCAUUUGCUGUUGAAAUUGCAGAAGAAUUUUAUGGAAGGUCUAAAUUUGAAUUCUGUUAGUGCAAAAAUUUUGUUAUUGUUAGUUUGUUGAUUUUCCUUUCUAAUUACUUCUGGAUUUUGCUCAUCUGUUGCUUCAUGGAGAUCAGGGUGAAGGGGCAAGAUGUUGCAUUUGAGCCUGCUAAACUCUUGUGGCUUAUCCAACGAGAUUUCCUGCAAGGAAAGUCUGUUCAAGAAAUGGUGAACGAAGCCCUUCGGCGCAUACCAAAUAAUAAUGGAGAUAGAAACAUUGAUCAGGUUAACCAAAUUCGAGAUUCCUUAGCAAUAAUGGGUGACAAUAGUACUGCCUUUAGCCUACCACAGCCUCAUCUUCAAAGGACAAAACUUUGCGAUAUGAAGGACACUGAGCUGGAUCAGUUGUAUGUGAAAAGAAGGGAGCAGUUGAAAAAACUUGUUGCAACCAUUAUACGUCCAAAAGUUGUCCAGGGAAAACCUCUAAAUGGAAAGGAUUUUGUAGCUUUCCUAGAGCAGAUUCUUGACGCCCUGAAUAAAGGAGAAAUUCCAUCCACAGGUUCUAUUGUUGAAGUAUUUAACAAGGUGAUUCUUGACCAUUGUUUGAAAUUAUACAGUCAACGGAUGGACAUUUUGCGGCUACCAGUACAAGAGAACAGGCUGCAGGAAGUUCAUGAAGAAUCAAAGGCUGAAGCAAAAAAGUUGUUUGAUCAACAACAUUUUGGUCGGCAUCAUGCUGAAAGAUCUGUUCUAAAACUUGACGAUGAGAUACAAAAGGUUUAUAGAACAUUCCUUCUGGCAAAUGAAUAUCACUCAUCAAAAUUGUGUGAAGCCAGAUACACUGAGUGUGAGGAUAAAAUGGAUCACCUUCAAGUCAUGAGACUUCCUUCCAUGGCAAAAUUCAAUGCUGGUUUUCUUCAGUGCAAUCAAACUUUUGAAAGAGACUGUGUUGGGCCUUCAAAAGAAACAUAUAAGCAGAAGAUGAUGAAGAUGCUUGGAAAAUCUCGGUCCCUUUUCAUCAAGGACUACAAUCAAAGACUCUCAAAUUGGUUGGUGACUUUCUCACUUAUUGUGGCCAUAGUGGGUCGAUUUAUCAUCAAGUUUAUUUUGUUGGAGAUUUCUGGUUGGCUGAUGUUCAUCUUCUUGGAGACAUACACAAGAAUGUUCUGGUCAUCAGAAUCACUGUAUUACAAUCCUGCUUGGCACAUUAUUGUGUCUACAUGGGAGACUAUAGUUUAUAGCCCUAUUCUUGAUUUGGACAGAUGGGCAAUUCCAAUUGGUAUAUUGCUUCUUGUUCUGCUUGUAUACUGGCGGUGUUAUGGUAGGAGGAAACAUGGAUCUCGUUCGCUGUUGCCACUGUACAAUAGCCGCCAAAAAGCUGGUUCCAAUCGUCCAAGAACAGAUUAAAUGAAGCCUCCCGAUGAUACUCCAGUAUUCAGCUUGUUAAGGUAGCAAACAUGUUAUACAUUCAUCUUGGACGGGCCUUGUUUUUAUGGUGCCUGGCCAAUGCUCACAAUCAUCUGGGCAUGCAAGAUAUGGUUACAGAUGAAAAGCUUCAAAGCAUCCUACAUAUGAUAUUAAGCGUUUUUUUGGGUCAUGAAAUUUGCAGAUUGCUUCACAGAUUGGUGUUUUUUAUUUAAUAUUCUUUUGCCAUGAGCACCACAAUCUUCUCUGUGCUACUAUCUGUUCAAGUUUCUAUCAUCUUUGUCAUGUUAUUCUCAAUAUCUGAGACUUGUGAUAUCAUUUGACAUGUGUACCAAAAGAAACUAUCAGAAUCAUUCAUCGGACUACCCAUUCUUA